AUGUUAGGAGUACAAGAAGCAAUGUCUAUAAGACAUAAGCACGUGUUGAAAAAUUACCUUGGAGGAUUAAUCUCUCUCGAGCCCGUCUUGCCCUUCAGUGCCCAGGAAACCGCGGAAUCCUACAUAUUUCGGCUCACCGAUCUAAUGAACCCAAUGCAAUUACCCAUCCCCUCGACCGAUAUUCUCUCUCGGGCUAUUAUUUUGACAUUAUUGCAUUGUGCAGCAAGACUCUUUCCAGACCAGCAACUCUCAGCUCAAGUAUCCGAUCUUAUUGGAUGUGCCACCUUCCGGGGAAUAUUGCAAAUCGGGUUUGGAGCCAAGUUUGAUAAGGUUGCCCAGCAGCAUGCCCUAAGCAAGGUGGGGCUCGAACCAACAAGCGCCGAAAAUUGGUCUCAGAAUUCUGGAUUGUUUGGUUCGUGUCGGAAAAUGGAAGCGAACCUAGUAUGGGAAAACUCAAACCUGCUCUAUUUGCUUGCUCGCCUGUACGAAACAUAUAAGACUGUACUCCAAAAUUCUUGUGCCCCACCGAAAAUGGGAGAAUAUUUUAUGUUCCACAACUACACUGCUCUCGUUGCCCAUUUGAGCUUGCCUGAUAAGGCUGUCCUCGUCACACUACUCCCUGAUGUGUUCCACUGGAGCGAAGCGAGGGCUUACGAUGAUUCUACAUCCACAGUACCGGAAAGGACGUUGCUUGCGCAACCACCAAAAGAAUCGCAGAGCAGUAGCCGUCUCAGAGAAUGGCUUCCUAACGUCGAGUUUACUCCCAUUGCAGCCUUCUCGCCAUCUACUUAUGCGGACUCUUGUGUAGAUGAUUCUAAUACGAAGAGAUUGAAAGCCAAUUCUGAACGGCAAGCUUCCGACGAAUACCAAGAUGCCCUUACUAGCGGUAUCAUUCUGGAAAUUCUGAAAGUCAAUGCCGAAACUGGGAUACUACCCAAGUCCUUUGGCCCCCGACCAGUUCCGACGAUCGAUGAAGACGAUAUUAAGGCAUUGGCACAAGGCGAAUCAGGGAAAAUAGGGAUCAGCCUUGAGAUGCUAAAAGCGCUAGCAGACGACGCACAAAAUCUUGGAAAGGACUUCUACUCAUUCUCAUUGGGAAUCCAAAGUUUUGCAGUUAUUCUCCCGAAACAUAUGAUACCGGAAAUUGAAUGUCCCGGUCUAUCUGUUACUUUUAGGAGAGAAGAUUGA